CUAAGGCCGACGACGGCGGAAGGAGCAAUUCUUGAGAAGUGACAUUUAUAAAAGGAAAACAAAUGAAGGGUCUGCGAAGCAUUUUAAAUAUCUUCAGCUUAAGUGUUCAGGACUGCACACUAAGUAUCUAUGAGCACUCCUCUUUACAUUCUAUUUGCAGUAUGCGCCUUAGUAGCGCUUACUGGUAUUUAUCUCAAAAGGCGAGUUGAGUCCAUUACUGUUGAAGCUAUAGCUCGUUACGGGCCGGAAACCGAGUAUAUUCCAGCGCGCGAUAAUAUGUGGAAGAUUGAGGGUGAUACAAAUAAGUGUAUCAUUUCGGCAGUCAUGGUGGUGGAGAACCUCACUACAGAGACUAUGAAAAAAGAGUUCAUGGCAUCUGUCAAUCAAGAUCACUACCGUCGCUUUAAACAGCGUUAUGUAAGUUACAAGGGUUUGCCAUUCUUCAUCAAGGACAAAGACUUCGAUGUGAAUGUUAUGAUCAGAAGGUGUGACGAUGCUAACAAACCGACCAAUGAGGCUGAGUUGAACCUAUACUUAGGACGUGAAUGUUCUUUAGCGAUGCCUUUUGAUCGCCCCUUAUGGAAUAUCACUGUCAUUGAAGACUACCAGAAAAAAAGCGCUGGGGUAUCUGAGACCAUAGUGUUGUUCAAAAUCCAUCAUACAGUUGGAGAUGGGAUUUCUCUCGGCACCAUGAUGUUCAACAUAUUGAAUACUGAACAACAGAUGAAGCAGAUCGAAGAGAGCAACAGUGACACCAUUCUAGAGAAGACACUGGCCGUAAGUGAGAGUUCUUCACAAGUGCAGAAAAAGCCACCUGCGAAUCCUUGGUUGGUACAUGCAAUGACAACUGUCAUGUUCAUUCCAACGCUUUUACAAAUUAUCUUCAAACCAAAGGAUGAUAACUUCUUUAAAUCAUCAAACUUGGAAGGAAAAAAAGUUGUUGCUAUGUCUCAUACGUAUGAUCUGGAUAAGGUGAAGGCGAUUAAGAACAAACUAAGUACAAAAUUCAAUGGCAAAAUGACCAUAAACGAUGUGCUUAUGGGCAAUUUUGGUUGCGCGUUGAAUCGCGUUUGGAGCAAACUCGAUGUAGGCGUUAAGGCUCCUAAGGAAAUUACUGUAGUGAUGCCCAUAAAUAUGCGAUCCGACGAUAAGGUUCCUGCUAUCGAAAAUCGAUGGGCUCAGCCUCUGGUCAAGAUUCCCACACACACAUCCGAUCCUAUUGAAUCUGCACUGACCAUGAAGAAGGAAAUCGAUGCCCUCAAGAAAUCAG